UUGGCCGAUCGAAUCAUCUUGUCUCUCGGACUGGGCAGCAGUGGACAAGAUAUCUCGCCUUCACUUAGUUAUCGUCCCAUUAAUGUGGGUCCUGUCAACAAUCUAGCUUUUUUAAGUGUUCCUGACAUUCCUUUGCCCAUCGAUCGGCCUUCUGCCCUCUGUGCUGGAGGCUCAACCACCUCUGGGAGUGGAGACCCGUGCAGUUCCCAGCCUACAAACUCAGCACCACUGAGAAGAAACUCCCGAGACACUGAACAAGUCUGCCACCAGUUCACCGUACCACACAACCGUCGCUCAGUUAGAGAGGAGCUGAAAGGUCCACGACUACACAAGCGCCAAUCAACCUUCAACCCCAAACCUCUUUCCCUGGACCCAACACCUUUUAACCUCGCGGAGCACGGCUCGCGCUACAGACGACAAGUCCAAAGCACCACCUGCGAGUUCCAGCACAUCCUCUUCAUCCUCGACACAUCGGACAGCAUUGGAGAGGCAAACUUUCACAGAAUGACGGGCCUACUCGCACAACUAACGGCUCUGUUCUGCAAGAAACUGAAAAUCGCCAUGAUGACUUUCGACCACGAGUACUACGUCGAGUUUUGUUUCGAUGAAUACGACAACACUGAUCAAGGACGAGCUGGUGCUGGUAUUGCGAUUGGCACUACUCCCUACGUUCGUCCCGGACAAGACGCCGGGACGAGAUGGACGCACACUGCAGGUGCUGCACAGUGCGCCUGUGAGUACAUGCUCACCCCAACAUGUGGUCUAACCGACCCUGCCGCAGACUGCAUCAAUGUCAUCUUUAUCACAGACGGAGGUGCAAACGAUCCCUCCCUCGACGUCUGCAGGGAGAUACGCUGCCUACACAACCGCAGGGGAGUCGACACGUUUGCCAUUGGCAUCGGAAACCAAGACGAACUGCAGCUUGAAUGCAUGCGAGAAAAUAAUUUGGAGCUUGACGAGUACCACCUCUUCAAUUUCGACACGUUCCCCGAACUGGAGGAGCAGCUUGAGUUGAUCAUACGAAGACUCACUGACCCUACGAAUACUGACUACACGUGUGUUGACACAGCAAGUGAUCCUGCAGCUGGAAGAAAGUAAUAGUCUCAUUCUGGAAUUAAUUGUAGUAGCUCAUUACCACAUGUAGCAUCAAGUGUGACUCAGUAUGUGAACACACCUCUGUGUCA